GACGUAUUAACGUUCCAGCUGCCGCAGUCGUGGUCACCACUCACCACUCUUAGCAGUUACGGUGUCGUUUUGGAGAGAUUUUUAUGCGUUUCAACUUUUAAUCUUGUCACUAUCAUAUUACUUACGUGCGUAUGAGGAAGAACGAAAAUUGUUUUGGAUUGUUAUUUUUGGAUAGUUUGUAAUUUUAAUUAGUAAUAAUUCAUCGUAGUUCAAUGAAAAUACCUUAAACAUUGGUAAUUAAAUUGUAUUCUUUAUAACAGGUAUGAAAAGAUUUUUUUUAUCUAACAGUACUAUUAUAUUGCCGGCCAUGUGCUUUAAUAACCACAAUAUUCCGGUACUUUAAGUUUUAUUCAGUACCGCAGAGUGAAUGUAUCGGCCCACCGUAUUGUAGUAUUAACAUUAGCCCAAAAUUAUAUAGAAAAAAAAAAAUUACCAUAAAUUUAAUUAAAACAAGUAUAAUUUUGUACGGCUCACCGAGUUCAACAUUUAAUUUGUUUUUUGCUGGACUUACUGUCAAUCACCUUAAUAAUCAAUUUUGUAUUUUAAAAAAUUAAUUAUAGUAUUGAUAAUUGUUCGACUAGUAGUUUUAUUUGAUGUUGGUAACUAAUAUAAAAUACCAAACUAAAAAUUGUGUUAUAUAUUCUGUAGGUAUUGUAUAAAUUCAAGUCAAACUGCUAUAUAUAGUUCGUUCUUUAAUUUGGCACCGAGCGUACAGUAAUUAUUCUAAUGUAUAGAAGAUGGACCCAAUUGUACAAUUGAACAGAAUAUUAAGAAAUAACAAUUUUUAUAACUUUCUAUUGCUUAUAGAUUCAUCAUUCUGUCUAUUUAGAAAGCUACUCUUUUAGUAGAAAGGCAAUCUUUGUUUUGAUAAUCAAAUUGUUAUUUAUAAAUUAAGAAACAAUUUAAUAGAUAUCUGCUAUACCUACUAUUUUUAUUCAACUGGGUACCUAUACUUUUGAUCCUUAUGCUGAUCUAGUUUUGUUUGUUUACUUUUUUCUUAUGUUAUAGAUAUUGCAAGAAAAUAUGUCAUCGUAUCGUACUCCCAAGAGUGGGACUUAUAACCUACGACCACCUAGCACGAGUACACCUUCAAUAAUAAAAAAACGCAAUAAUACUUUGAGCAAUGUUCCCAAGCAAAAAGUACAAUUCAGUCUGGUUGAUAAUUUAAAAUCGUUACUCAUUAGUUUCAAUCAAAACAAUGAUAAAGAAAAACUAAAAUACAAUAAUCUUAUAUGUGAUAUCAGAGAUGCUGGCAUUGAAAUAAAGGUGCGUUCGUUAUUUGUAUUUUUAAAAAAAAUAGGUACACAAUUUAUUAUAACUCAAACUAAAUAAUAUAACUUAAAACUUCAACCAGGUAUAGAUAUUUCCAAUUGUAUUUAUAUCGUUCUUAUUUACUAAUUAGAAAUUUUUUUUUAAUAUCUAGGUAGAGUGAACAAUAUUAUAAUACAAAUUAUUGAUUAGAUUAAUUAUAACAUUUACUUAUCAAUUAAUUAUUUAAUACCCAGAUUGAUUGUUUGGUUAGGUACCUAACAUAUUUAGUGUUAAUUAAAUUUGUGAAUCUAAUAGUCGAGUGGCGAUAACUCGAAGUUGAAUGGGGAUAAAAGUUCACUUUGAGAUACCUAACUCGAAUUUAUCAAAAUUUCAAGUUAUGUAAUAAAAUAUAAUAUUACAAUUUUGCGAUAAAUAUAUGUACAUAAAUGUUGUACAUAAACUAAAAUAAAUACAAUAGUAUUAUAAGUAUGUACAUAUGUAUUAUUUAUUAGCCACAAUAGAAAAAAAUUGGUGUAGGAGGGGGGUACUUAAGGGAGGUCAUUUUUCAAUUUUCUCAAGAGUUUUCUCAUUAAAUGCUAAAUUAAAGAGGAAAAAUGGGAAAAUAUAGGAAAUAUAUUUGUAUAAUAUGUAAUACACUUCGAUUAAGCUAUUUAUCACAAUUUUAUAUUUUUAUUAUUUUGGAAUGUAUUUGUUUUACAAUUUUGAAUACUAUAAAACCUGAAUAGUUUUUUUUUAAAAGGUUAUUUGAGCUAAGAAUGUCCUACUAGCAAAAAAAUAAAUAAGAUGAUAAUUAAAAUUAAAAACUUUAGGUAUGUCUGGGCAUUAAAAAAAAGGUUUGUCCCAAGGUACACUUAGGUAGUCAUUAUUCAGUAUUGCUAUCUAUAUAAAUACUCACAAAUUUCAUCCUUAACCAUAUCACAUUUUUAUUAACAAAAAAAUAAAUGAAUAAAAUGAUAAUGUGACAUUUUCCCAUUUCAUAUUUUGUAAUGUAUUGUAAGUAUUGUAGUUAUUGAAUAAGAAUAAAAUAAUUUUAGUUCACCAUCUAAUUUGUAUAAGUCUUUUUGGGAGUAAGAGUGUAUCACCUUCAAUACACCCUUUUGAAAACAUAUUUAUAAAUGAUACAAAUUGUAUGUUUAUUAAAUUAUAUAGAUAAUAUAUUUGAUUACAUAUGUACAUAUACAGAUGUAAGUUUGUCAUCAAAACAUUAUAAAAUGGGUUUGGUAUAAUGAGUCUUAUUUUAAUUUUUCAAUUUUUUUAUGGUAAAAUGCUGAUGUAAAUCAAUGUUCAUAUAAUGUCUUGAAUAUGAGAAAGUCCUAAGAGGGAAAUGCUAAAGAUUUUAAACAAGGCUGUAGCUAGGUCCAAUUUUCAGGAGUGUUUUCAAAUUAAAUCAAUUCAUCCUAUUAAUUGUUGCUUAUACUUAUAGCAUUUAUAUUGAAAAUAAUAAACAAUAUUUUUUAAAAAUAAAGUAGGGGGUUCAACCUUAAUACCUUCAUACCGUAUACAGACAGCCUUACUGCCUUAGUCUUAAGCAGAUUUUUUUUCUACUACUGUUAUUACAAAUAUAAACAUUUCUUAAAACUGGUUGAAUUUCAUCAUAAUAUUACCUUAUUUAGGUUUUUGUUUUAAAGUUAAUUUUAACAAAGAUUUAACUAUGUAUUACAUAUAACAUAAUUGUAAAUAAAUGGAUCAUAAGACUCAAUUCAAUUCUUUGUCCAUUCAUUUUUACAUAGGUACAUGAUCAUAAACAAACAUGUGAAAUCAAGAACUUAUUAACAACCUAACUUGUAAUAUUUUUAUCCGAUUCAUCAAAGAUGAAUCUAUUACAGAUUAUACCCAUGCCCAAGAAUUUAUCCCAAAUGUAGCUGAAUGAUGCAUAUGAACUUGAUCAAGUAAAAUGGGGGUUAAGAAAACAACACAGGUGAAGAGAGACUUAGUGAUGCAUAAUCAGGUGAGAUACAUACAAUUAAACUGGUAUGCACAAUUAUUGAGAGAUUCCUAAGCUCAUCUGCAAUAGAAGACAAAAAAUGUGUUUGGGUAUAAAUACAAACCAAACAAAAUUAAUAUGUUUUAAUUUAAAGAGCUUAACCUCUCAUAGUGCAAGUUAAACAAAUCCAAAUUAUCAAAAUAUAUUUAUUUAUAAAUAAAUAUAAUAUUGAAAGUAGGGGUUUCUAAUAACACAACAAAUAUAGAUUAAUGUCAAAAUUGACUGAAUGAAUAAAUUGGCUAUACUAUCAUUUAUAAUUAACCUCAAUACUACAUUAAAAACUAUUAUACUCGUUGGGUAAAAAGUUUUAAUUUUAAUACUAUGGAAUAUUUAUUUAAUUGUUUCACAGGAUGAAGAAUUAGUCAAGUUGUUAAAAGAUGCCAGACAAUGUAUAAAUGUUUUGAAUGAAAAUCUUACACUUUUUGUAAAAGUUAUAUUGGUAAGAAUUUUUGCAAAAAUUAUUUUGAAUAAGAAAUUUAAUCUCAAUUUAAUGUGUAUUUUAAAUAGGUUUUAAAAUGGAUGAAUAGAAGUGAAGAAGUUGUCAAUGAAUAUCGGGCAUUUCUGCUUGAUGUUUGUACUGCACAUAGCUAUCAUACAAAAUUUGCGAUGGAUCAACUUGUAUCAUGUUUUUUACAUUGUAAAUAUAAAACAAAACUUAACCUAUGCAUAUGUAUAUGUUUAAAUCAUUUUUUUAGUGGACAAUGCAGUUUAUGGUCGUGUUAAUGGUAUGCCCAGUGAAGAAGAAGAAAGAGCGUAUCAAAAUGUACAUGGGACAUUAGAAGCUCUUUUGAAAGUUAUUCCAUUGUAAGGAUUAAAGAAACUAUCAAAUACUAUACACUUGAUUUAUAAUCUUUAUAUUUAUUUUGUAAUGGUCUUUUGUUUUUUUUUUGUAGAGCAAAGGACAUAUUAAUGAAGUUACUCCAAAAAAAUUACCCUUACAAAAAUAAUAAUUAUGAACUACAAGUUCAUUAUAUACACAAUUUAUUGUGUGUUACUAAAUAUGAACCAUCUUUAAGGAAAAACAUUUUUAGUCUUAUUGUUAAAAAGUGAGUUAAUAUCAGUAUUUGAAUUAUUUUAUUACAUUUUUAUAUGAUCAAUUCUGUAAAUAGUAUAAACUAAUUUGACAGGUUAGUAGAAAUUGAUGUUCAUAUACCUAAUGAAGAAUUAGAUAGAUUAAAAUCUAAUGCAAAUGUGGAAAUUGAAGACAUAUUUCCUAUGGAUGUUGAUGAUGAAAAUUGUAUGAAAGUUGAUCCUGAUAAAUUAAAUGCAGAAAACUAUUCUCGUACAUUAGAUAUUUGCCUAAAAGUAUUAUAUAAUUAUAUAAAAACCACUUGUUUUGAUACUGAAGGUAGUUUAUUGUAAGUGUAAUUAAAGUUUUUUCAAAUAGAAUGUUUAGUUAACUAUCCUAUGGUUUUUAAAUUGUUUUGUACUUUGUAUUAUUGCAUAUUAUGAUCAAUAAUUUUUAAUUUUUUUUUUCUAGAUGGGGUAACACUAAAUUGUUAUACCAUGACUUAUUAGGUAUUUUUGAAAAUGAAAUUCUUCCUACAUAUAACAGUAGCCAUGUUCAAUAUAUCAUAUAUUAUUUGCUUAGUUUUAAAAUGACUCUAGCAGAAAACUUUUCUAAUUGGUUAUGGAAAAAAUGCUGCGAUGUAUCAUCUCCAAUUACUUUAAGGCAAGCUGCAGCUGGUUAUUUAGCUAGUUUUCUUUGUAGAGCUCCAUUUGUAUCAAACAGGUAAUGGAUGUUAUAGUUUAUAACUAGUAAACAUAGAUAUAUUCAACUAGAUAGUCGUCUCCUUCUUUUUAUUUUUCUUCUAUUUGAUAUUGACCAUACUGCUAUCAGUAGAUUCGUAGUAAUAUUAAAUACUCUGCUAAUUAUCAGUAUCUUAUGAAUAAAUGUUAAUUUAGCCUGCUUGAUAAAUGAUGGCUGAUUUCAAUCUCGGCCACCCUCACAACAGAUUACUAUAAAGACUGCUAUCUAGUUGUGUAUGUCCAAUAAUAAUAACAACAAUUUACAAAAAGUAAUAUUAAUUUAUAUUUUUUAGUGUUCUGAAAAAUAUCCUCUCUGAAAUAGCUUUGUGGUGUAAUAACUAUAUAAAUAGAGUGGAUAAAUCAGUUAAAGUAGUUACUGAAGAACUGCUAAGAGGGCAUGCAGUAUUUUAUUCUAUUUGUCAAGCUUUAUUUUAUAUUAUUUCUUUUCGUCAUCAAGACCUUAUGGAUAGCAAACGAAGUAAGUUAUAAUGUAAUUGAAUAUAUUAUUUAGUAAAUAAUUUUUUGACCAUAUAUAUUUUUUUUUUUAGAUUUAAAAUUUAUGGAAAACUUGAGUUUGUCUAAAAUAGUCACAUGUAAAUUAAGUCCAUUACGAUUAUGUUGUUCAACAGUAGUCAAUCAUUUUGCACAUAUUACAAAAAUUUAUCAGUUAACUUAUUGUUAUGCAGCAAUGGAUGGUCACAUACGAAUUACUAAUCAAACAAUCAAGGAUGAAUGGCUGUAUUCUUUUUUCCCGUUUGAUCCAUAUGUUUUGCCAAGGUUAUUAUAAACAUUUAUUUAUCAUUUAUUCAUCUAUUUAUUCAUUUAUUUGUUGAUUUUAGCCACAAAAUUAAAAUACUAUAGGCUUUCGAAUUUGUGUGCUAACAAUUGUAAAAAAUAGUAAUGUGAAGGGAAUAUAUCAAAUGGUUGUGUAACAUAGUGGUAGGGGGGAGAAGUUAAAAACUAGAAUUAGGUACAUAAUUUUUGUUAUGUGUUUUCACAUAUAUAUAGAAUGAACUAGAUUAAUAACUGAUGAAAUGAAGUUUAAUACACCAAUUAAUUUGAGGCUAAUGUGCCUUAUCAUCCACUUUUAUAUUGCUAGGACUCUGAUUUUAUGGCACUAAAAAUAGUUGAAAUGUGUGCUAUAUUAUGACCUUAAAAAAUCUCAAAAUGAAUACUAUAAUUUGCCAUAAAAACAUUAAAAAAUGCAAGAAAGACAAUUUUUUAAAAACAUUUUUCUUCUGUUAACAAUUUAAAAAAUAUAUACAACAAAAUAUUCUAGACAAAAAUAUAUGAGUAUAAAAUAUCUAAUUUUAAUACUAUUCGUAAACAGUUCAAUAAUGUUUCACUCUUUUUUGUAUGGUUCAAACAUUAAUUUGUUUGCUCUAUUUAUUUUAUCAAUAAAAAAACUAGUAAAUACAUUUACAUAAUAUUUAUUAAUUUAUAUUUAAGUAAAAGUUAUAAAGUAGGUUAACCUUAACAUUAAUACAUUUCCUUUGAAUAUACCACUAGAAAAAUGUUUAAUUUUAUUUAAUUCUAAUUAUUGUAUUUUUAGGUCAAAAGAUAUUAUAAUGUCUAAUUUAUAUCGACAUUUUGAUGAUGAUAAUAUAAAUAAACUUACUGAUAUUGAUGAUGACGAAGACAUGAAAGAUUCAUCGCUUGUUGAUACUAUGGAUAUGAGUCCCAAUAUGCUUUCUGUUAGUUCACCUAUAAAAACUGACUGGCUUGGACAGUUGGUAAAACAACAACAAUAAACUAUAGUGAUUAUGUUAUUAUUAUUUUCGUUUUUUAAUAAAUUACAUUGCACUUGAGUAAA